AGCUAUAACGAAAAUCAAUAGUCGCCGCCAUAUUUUUUCACUCAACGCAGACCAACGCGCUCCGGACACCCGAAUAAUGUUUAGAUAAAUAAGUUAAUUAAGAUAAGCUAUAGUUGGAAGUGCACCGAGUGACCCAAGUGACAAGUGAACAUCGACCGAACAGACACUUCAUCGCCAAUACCAAUCCCCAUAAUUGCCAAACUCCGGCUUCCGAACGCUUCUUUUUUUUCCUUCGGCUCCUGCAGUCUUGUAAUCUUCGUCCGAUUACGAGGAGUCCCAGUGUCAGUGCUUGUGGGUAUUUUCUAGCGUGCGAGAACAGCUAGCGAGGAGCAUGGAAGGAUCCUCAGUGUCCUCAUCAUCGAUGGGUGGCCCACGUGGCGGAGGUUUCCGCGGACGCGGAGGUGGAGCACCUAUGCGCGGUGGUUUUGAUCGCGGACGUGGUCGUGGCGGACGCGGUCACUAUAUGGGCGGCAUGCGCGGAGGCGGCGGUGGGAUGGGUGGUGGACCGCCUAUGCAGGGCAUGAUGUCGGGUCCUCCGCGAGGCAUGCGUGGUUCCCGUGGCGGUAUGGGCUACCAGGGACGCGGUGGUGGCUAUCAGCCUCGCGGUGGUGCACCUAUGGGCAUGCGCGGCGGACGCCCUCCUUUAUAUUCCCAGCCUCCCAAACAACACACAGGUGCCGACAACAACAAGACCGUUUCGCCAGUGCCCACUUCAUCGAUUAGCGGAGAACAACCAGCAGUUGAGUCAGCCGUCGACGAGGUCACCGAUGGUCAGUCCUCCACCGGAGUCGCUCCCUCAAACAACUCACAUGGAGGAAGCUCUGUUCAAAGUGGCAGCAACGGUGGAGGGCCUCCUCCCUAUCUCGGACGUGGUCGGGGACGCGGUGGUCCAUUCAGCGGACGCGGACGAGGUGGCGGCGGUUACAAUUCCCAUAUGAACGGCAGCGGUGGAGGCAGCAUGUAUGGCGGAUCCCACAGCCACCACAGCAAUUCCCUAGGUGGUCCUGGCGGAGAGCACGGAUCGAUGCCUAGACGUGGAGCCCCGCGGGGCAGGGGCGGCUACAAUCAAGGUAUGAGUCGGCCACCCUUGCAUCACCAUCAGGCACAUAAUCCCAAUACACAACUUGCACCGGUACCAGCUCUCAAACGUGGCGCUCCCGGUGGUCCUGGUCCCAAGCGCGGUCGCUACGAGGGUGGUCCCUACGGACAGCGGCCCAUGACGCCCAAAUACCACUCCACACAGCAGCACAUGGGUGGCGGAGGAGGCGGCGGCAUGUCUUCGCAGUCCUCUUACGGCUCGCCGCCAAGUCACCAUGCGCCAGCUCAGAGCCACCACAGUUACCAGACCCACGACCAGUCACAGCAAGUCGAUCCAUAUGCACAAAGCGGUUACAGCACUCAGACCACCCAGCAGGGAUACAAUGGUUAUGGCCAGAGCGGCAGCAGCUAUGCGGCUCAUACAUCGCAGACAAGUGCCCCGGCCAGCAGUAGCUACGCGGCCCACCAUGGCACUGAAUAUGAUCAGAGCCAGUAUCAGAACUACAACAGCUCGACGGGCUAUGCUGCUCCUCAGGACACGCGGUAUCAGUCGUAUAGCCAGGACUAUAGCCAGCAGUACGGUUCAACUGCCGUGGAUUACAAUGCCACCGGGCAAGCGGACUACAGCCAGCAUGGUCAGCAGAGCACUGGCUACGAUGAGCGUGCUUAUGCGGGUUAUGAUUCGCAGGCCUACUCCCAGAACUAUUCUAAUGCAGCCGCAUACUACUAGACAUCCGUAACACACUCCCACCCCUGACGGCACACUAGAGAUCAGAACGCUGCGCGUGCUCCGAUAGGCCAAGAAACCAAAUAAAAUGGGAUUAGGGCAGAAAGAAAUCGAGUAACAGGAAGGGGAACUAUGUUUAAUGCAGUAAUUUACUUGCAAUACAUAAUACACACAACACACACACACACACAUGGUCACUCAGAAAAUAGAAUUUUAGUUGUAAGGAUAAAGUUCUCUUUUUCUUAGCAUUUAAGCCAACUCGUGUUUCGACGUCUUUCUAUAUAAACCCCUUCCCCAAAUUAAUUUCUCCAUUUGUUUUUGUUAAGUCUCCCCAUGAAUCCUGAACAAACAUAUUGAAAAUACCCGCCAUUGCCUGUUGUUUAAUGUUUUCUUAAUAGACAGACGGAGCUACCUGCACUGAGCUCCAGCCUAAAAACAAAUCUUUAUGUGCUUCUCCUUAGUUCGAUUUACAAUUACAAUUCAACUGUGACCAAAGUAUGCUAAAAUCAUAUUCUUUAUAUGACGGGAAACUACGAGAACAUACAAGAUCUUAAUGAACUAAACUAAAUUAAAAAAACAAAUUGUGAAUCAUGUCAAAUUGUAUACAAAUGAAUGCAAUGUAUAUUUUAGUUAUUAAGCUCAAAAUCCGCAAAGAACUCUCGACAGACUGAAAGUUCAUUUCAAUCCCACAUGCUCCUGAAAAACGAUUAUGAUUUAGCAAGAAUGUGUUUAUUUUUCUUUACCAUCUUGACGUGAAUGACAAAAGUAAGACUUAUUAUUUUCUUUUUGUUUUACAAAAACUUUUCUUAUAGCCACAAUUUAAGCAAAAAAAAAAAGUUUGCAACUAUGUAACUCCUUAAACUAAGCUGAGAAAAACCAGUAACGAAAUACACAAAAUAUAUUAGAAAAAGAUGCAAAAAUCAUAACCAUAAUCAAAGUCAAUAAAAUAAUGUUCAAAAAUGUGUUUAAUGCAUUAAACUUAUUUAUACGUACAUAUUAUUAUUUGAAAUAUUUUGUUUUAAGAAAAUCAAUCAGUAAAAAUGCAAAUAAUUAAGCAAUACAAUCGAUCCAAAAGUCAAAGAAUGAGUGAAAAAUAUGAAAAAACUAAAGACUGAAUAUAUUCACGAACCGAAGCAGCACUGCAAAACAUAGAAAUCAUGAAAUUUGAGAAACAAAUGAAUGAAAGACAACAAAGUAUUAAGUAUUUACGAAAUGAUUACAAAGUCUAUAAAUUGCAAAGAACAAUUAAACGCCUUGCAAUAAUUAAAGUGCCAAGUAUACCUGAACAACAACACUCAGGAUAAACCUUAAAAAAACAAAGCAAACAAAAAUAUUCGUUUCGAAAUUUUAAAGGACAACAGUCAAUUGAAUUAUUAAGAUAGUGUCGCGAAAAUAUUACCGAGAUUGUUCAAAAUGAUUGAACUUACACGUACCAUUAAAUUAGAUAAUUAUCUAAAUUUACAAAAUGAAAGCACUGAAAAAAGUACAAACAAAACAUACAAUUUUUAAACAUAUUUUGGUAAGUUAAGGUUAAAGCAAAAAAUAUAUAUACAACAAAUUUUAGAAUAUGUAGAACUCAGCAUAAAAAAUAUUCGAUAUAUGGAAAAUAAAUAUAUUUGUCUGAUAAAAAGAGUUUUUACAACUCAAAAGCUUCGUUAGUCGAAGUAGUUUUAAAUGCAAUGGAAACGAUGAAUAUUUGAAUAAUAAAAACAUUUAUAUGCUUAUAUAGAUUUAUAUGAACACAAAACAAUUUAUUUAGCUGUUGAGUUCUUCAUACACACAAGUUCGGCCCUUUUGCCGCAUUUACCAUAUAAAUUGUAGCAUUUAGAUUUUUUUACAGGAAUGAGAAAUCAAAAAUUAACAAAAGAUAGCGUUAAAACGCUUAUCAAAACUGAAGGAAACGAACUAAAAUGGAUAUGUCAAUGGUGGUAAACUGAAAACAAACAACACAAAAGACCAAGUAAAGAAUGAAAACAAAACCAAAGAGAUUAUAAAUCUAUGAAAUAUUUUGUUUUAAAUGUUGCACUUUUAUGUUAUUUAUAUAUUUUCAUUUAUGUAUACAAUGAUUUUAUUUGUUAUUGUUAAGAUAAAAAAAUACCCUAAUUCAGGUCUUAUAAAGACCAAUCUAAGAUAACACAAAAAUGAAAAUUAAUUAAAAAAGACUGAAUGACAUUUUAACGAGAUAAAAUCUCUAUAGAUCAAAGAAAGAACUAAAAAAGGAAUCAAUAAAUGAAUACAAAAAACAUAUAGGAUCCAAUUUAAAUGACACCUUUAAAGAAGAAAACAUUUUUUUCUAAUUUCCUAAUUAUUUAUUUAAAGAAAAUUAGAUAAAGAUUUUCAAGCAAAGUAAUAUUCAUAUUUUGCCUCAUACGAAAAGGGCUUACAAGAUGAACCCAUUAUGGAAUAAAAAUGCAAAACAUAAUGAAUAAAAUUAACAAGUAUCAGAAAAUCUAUCUGCAAAGCAUGAAACGAUAUGUAAAAAUAUCACACAAAGAAAAUCAUUUGUAAAUAGCAAAUAUUUCUUAAUUUACAAGUUUCGGAGUCUUAUGAAUACGCUUAGAAAACAGAUAAUUCCAUUAUUUCACGUUUUUCUGUCAAUUUGAUUUACAAUAUUCUAUUAUUUGUUUAGUUUUUUUUAUUGAUUUAAUAAAAGCGUUACAAAUGGCAAA